GUAUGACAGAUGUGACAGUUACUCUUUUGAAAUAAAUACAUAAAAUUUGUAUAAAUCUGUUUAUCCUUCUGCAGAUUAUCCGGUCUGUAGACAGAGAAUCGAAAAGGGCUACAAAAUAAUGACUGGAUUAAUUAGCCAUUGAAAAAUGCCCUGCAAGUGUUCAGGGUAUCGGUUGGAGAAAUGCAGGUGCAAGCUAGUGGGGCCGGGGUUCCCCGUGAGCCCUAUGGAUGGCCGCUUGAUGAUCCUCACGCAGAAGGACAGUGGGUAUUUUAAGCCCGCGCGCCCUGCCAAGAGAAGCUUCGCCGUUAGAGCUAUAGAGCACUUUUAUGAAAAGUGUGCUGGAUACAAUUUAAGGUACUGCCCGUUCCGCGGUUACGCGUGGACGGAGAACAGCCUGGGCGAGGCGCUGAAGGAAUUGCUGGUGCUCACGUGCUUCGUGCUAGCCAACCUGGUGGUGAUGGCGGCCAUCGUCACGCGCAUCACGCUGCACGUAUCCCUCGUGCUCGCUGCCACUAUCCGGUGGAUAAAGAGGUCCCUUGUCAAGAAAAUGUCUUGCAACAACGAAACAAGCCUGUACUUGCGCUACCACCGCCACGACUUCUCCCCUCCCCCGCUAACCACCUGACAUGACUUGCGGUCCGUACGCAACCUACUCUGCAAGACAACGGAAAUUUGUUGUAACAUUGUAAAAAGUUUUCUACUGCA